CUCUCUCUUCUCUCUCUAGAGUGGGUUAACGGAGAGGAAGGGAAGAGAAAAUAAAGCCGGGCUGAUCAUUAGAUGCAGCGAGCAUGGAGCCAAACAGAAAGUCUGUUUCGCCAUCAAUGGCUCAACACCUUCCUUCCUGGAAUCCAUAGAGAGGAAUGAGGCUAGAGAUAUAUCAGCAAGCAUUAGAGCACUAGAACACAACUACUAGUAAGUAGUUUGUUAGUAUUAGAUAGCUAGGUUCCAAGGGCCAUCACAAAUGACUAGAGUCCUAGAAAGAUUUGGUCAUGAGGUAGUUCGCUAGAGUGGAGGGAUAGAGGUGUUGCUUGGCCGCUAGCCUCUCAAGUCAAAGCGUAUUUAGGUCUCUGGCCGGAGUGGAGAGAUACACGUACGUGUAUGUCUAGCAGCUAGCCUCCCUCUCGGCGUGUGCGUGUCUGUCGGUGUGCGCCUGCAGCAGCAGCAGCAGCAGCCCUUUGAUCGAUCCCUGUGAAAGAUCGAUGGUGAGUGGCAGCAGCCUCAAGGAGCAGCAGCAGGAGAUGAACAUCUCCUUCGGGAUGAACCACCAUCACCAUCACCAUCACCCUCUUUCCUCGUCUUCCUCUUCCUCCAUGCAUGCCGCCGCCGCCGCCGCCGCGAGCUUCAUGAGCAACAAGGAGGCGUCAGGAGCUUAUGACCAUCUGGGAGAUCUGGACCAAACGUUGUUCAUGUACCUGGAUCACGGCAGCCAUGGCGCCAUGCACCAAGAGCAAAGGCAGACACUCAACAUCUUCCCUUCCCAGCCCAUGCAUGUGGAGCCAUCGCCGAAGGGGGAGAUUAGUUUAGUUCUGUCCCCAGGGACGGUGGGAUCCAAGCAGCCUAGGUCACCGGAUCACCAUCGCCAUCAGCAGCAAGCAGCAGCCAUGGAGGAGUUGGCAGGGAGCAGAAGGCAGGAUCACCGCCACCUGCAGCACCAACCCUUUGCUGCUGCUGAGACUGCAGCAGCAGCAGCAGGGAUCAAGGAUGUGAAGCCGGUGGCCAAGAAAGAGCACAGGAGGGGCGCAUCGACUGCUGAACGCGACCCAAAAACGCUGAGAAGGCUGGCCCAGAAUAGAGAGGCAGCAAGGAAAAGCAGGCUAAGGAAGAAGGCUUACAUCCAGCAGCUCGAGUCCAGUAGGAUCAGGCUUGCUCAGCUCGAACAAGAACUGCACACUGCAAGAGCUCAGGGAGUUUUCUUCCCCAACAGCAGCCUCCUCGCCGAUCAAGGCGUCGCCGGCAAAGGCGUCCCCAUCGGCGGCAUCGACGGGCUCAGCUCAGAGGCGGCAAUGUUCGACGUGGAGUACGGGCGGUGGCAGGAGGAGCACUACCGGCUGAUGUACGAGCUGCGGGCGGCGCUGCAGCAGCAACUGCCGGAGGGGGAGCUGCAGAUGUACGUGGAGAGCUGCAUGGCGCACCAGGACGCGAUGGUGGGCAUCAAGGACGGCGUCAUCAGGGGCGACGUCUUCCACCUCAUCUCCGGCGUCUGGAGAAGCCCCGCGGAGCGGUGCUUCCUCUGGCUCGGCGGCUUCCGUCCGUCCGAGGUCAUCAAGCAGAUGCUGCUGAGCCACGUGGAGCCUCUGACGGAGCAGCAGAUCGUGGGCGUGUACGGGCUGCAGCAGUCGGCGCUGGAGACGGAGGAGGCGCUGAACCAGGGCCUGGACGCGCUCUACCAGUCGCUCUCCGACACCGUCGUCUCCGACGCGCUCAGCUGCACCUCCAACGUCGCCAACUACAUGGGCCAGAUGGCCGCCGCCAUGAACAAGGUCUCCACCCUCGAGGGCUUCGUCAGACAAGCGGAGAACCUUCGGCAGCAGACGCUCCACCGGUUGCACCAGGUCCUGACGACGCGGCAGAUGGCGCGGUCACUGCUGGCCGUGUCCGACUACUUCCACCGCCUCCGCACGCUCAGCUCGCUCUGGGUCACCCGCCCCAGGGCGCCGCAGGAGUAGCAGGGCCACAGCUAGUCGUCGUCGCCGUCAGCUGAUCAUCGAUCGCAAGGACGCACGCACGCAUGCGUCCAUGCAUGGAGCCAUGGACGCAUGCAUGGUGUUCGUUCGUCAGUUCAAGGAACAGACCAGACCUUGCAGGUAGUAGCUAGCUAGUGAAGACUGAAGAGAGAGU